AUGUGGCAGGGGAUGAUUGUGGGUGUCGACAACGUGCUGCUGGAUGUCGUGGUGUCCAUAGACGACGAGCCCGACAUCCUGAAGCGCUAUCAGGUCGAAGCGAACACACAAUGCUUGGCGGAGGAGAGGCACAUGCCGUUGGUGAAAGACAUGCUGAGCAGAGCGGAGGCUGGCAAAGCCAGUACGACACCUGGCGGCGUGAUCGCCAACAGUCUUCGAGCCGGUUCUUGGUGGUUAAAGAGACCGGCAGAUUGCCAGCAGCCACGAAGAAUCAUGUUGGGGAUGGUUGGGCACGAUGCUGCCGGAGACAGGCUGCAGACAGAGCUCUCAGCGGCUGGAGUUGAGCCAAUGCUGGGCCGACCUGCAAGGAAAGAGGAGCCCAACGACAACCUCACCAACACCAGCGGCGUGUGUUGCUGCCUAUUGGCAAACAAGGCUCGCACGAUGGUGACGCAUCUUGGCAUCAGCAAGACUCUCCAUUUGGAUGGUAAGAAAGAAGGCUUUGCCGGAUGGAUCAGCCGGAUGGAGAUGCUGCAGGCAUCUAUCAAGACUACAGCACCGCAGGCAUGGGUUGCAGUGACCUCUGGGUUUUAUGCCCAAGCAGAUCCUGAAGGAGUGGAUGCCAUGCUGGCUUGGUGCUCCAAGCCACAUGUUGCAGCCGCAGGCGGUCGAAUUCUGCCUAUCUUCGCGAUCACUGUGGGUGCUGAGUGGUGCACGGACAUCGCCUGUGUCCAGGAGGCCGCUCGCUCGGCUGACUUCACUUUCGCCAACGAAGUCGAGGCUAUACAUCUGGCAUCCUCCGUCUGCAAGGCAGCGUCCAAGCCCGCCCCUGAAACCUACGAGGAUGCAAUGGCAGUGAUUGCGAGAUGGAAGCAGCGAGGUUGGAUGAUCGGCACUCGCGGCUCGAAAGGUGUGGGCUGCAUCCGGUCAAAGUCAGACACCUCGCUCUUCCAAGUGCCAGUUCCACCAGUGUCCCCGGAGGAGUUCGUCGACGAUGUGGGUGCUGGGGAUUCCUUCAUGGGCGGCUUUCUUGAAGCCAUCUGGCAGAGCCUGGCAGCACUUGCUCAAGAAGAAGCCGUCGAUUCCUCUGAAAGUGCGGGUAAGCGAAAGCUUGAGGAUGUGCCCUUGGCCUCCAAGUUGACAGACGACCACAUGAAGGACGCAGUGCGCGCCGGCAUCACAGCAGCUGGCGUUCUGGAUGCCAGUUUGCUGGGUGAGAUCUUUGUUGCUGGCUCAUGGUCGCGAACAUCGCAGCCUGAGCUAGAUCUAGGCUGCCAUUGCUGGGAUGCCAUGGCCUUUGCGCACAUUGAGUUCGUUCAUGCAGUGUCACUGCCGGGCGUGACCACGCAGGGACUCAAUCCGCCACCGGCUGCCCCUCCGGCUGCUCCUCUCGCCCCGCCGGCUGCUCCGCCCCCCGCACCCCCAGCGCCCCCUGCACCUCCAGCGCCUCCGGCGCCUCCGUCACAGGGUGACCGGCUCCGUGAGGCUCUGCUCGGAAAGCCCCCUCCGAUGCCGAUGGGCCUAGGUUUAGGUGAUGCAAAAGGUGCAGAUGGAAAAGGUUUUGGCAAGAAGGGAUGCUUUGGUGGCAAGAGUGAUGGACCGAAGGGAUUUGGAGGAGAUGGUGGAAAGGGCUUUGGAUUUGAUGGUGGUAAAGGCUUUGGAUGCGGCUAUGGCAACGACUUCGGCAAGGGCGGCAAUGAUUUCGGCAAGGGCGGCAAUGAUUUCGGCAAGGGCAGUGGCGCAGAGAAAGGCUUUGAUGGAUUUUCUAGCUUCGCGAAGAAGGGCGGCAAGGGCAUGCGUCCAGGUCCCUACUGA